GGGGUGGCGGAUCAGAUCCCUCAGCUGGUUCAGGGUGUGAGAGGGAGUCAGGCUCAGCCCGACAGCCCUAGCGCCCAGCUCGCCCUGAUCGGAGCCAGUCAGAACUUCAUGCAGCCCGGAGCGAAAAUGGUGACCGCGGCCAAAGCUACGGUUCCCACCAUCAGUGACCAGGCGUCUGCCAUGCAGCUCAGUCAGUGCUCCAAAACCCUGGCCAGCGCUCUCGCUGAGCUGCGCACGGCCGCACAGAAGGCUCAGGAGGCGUGUGGGCCUCUGGAGAUUGAUAACGCUCUCACAAUGGUACGGGGGCUGGAGAGGGACAUGCAGGAGACCAAAGCUUCAGCUGCUGAAGGCAAACUCAAACCCCUGCCUGGAGAAACGCUGGAAAAGUGUUCUCAGGAUCUGGGCUCCAGCACUAAAGCUGUGAGCUCUGCUAUUGCUCAGCUCCUCAGUGAAGCCACCCAAGGCAAUGAGAAUUACACAGGUAUGGCUGCUCGUGACGUGGCUCAGGCUCUGCGUUCGCUGGCUUCGGCUGCUCGUGGAGUGGCCGCUAACACCGAGGACCCUCAUGCCCGUAACGCCAUGCUGGACUGCACCGCGGAUGUCAUGGACAAAUCCGCCAGCCUGAUCGAGGAGACCAAGAGAGCCAUUGCCAAACCGGGAGACCCUGACAGCCAGCAGAGACUGGCCCAGGUAGCUAAGGCUGUGUCUCAGGCUCUGAACCGCUCUGUAAACUGUCUGCCGGGGCAGAGAGAUGUGGAUAAUGCCAUCAGAACUGUAGGAGAAGCCAGCAAGAAACUCCUGUCUAAUAAA